UCUCUCUCUCUCUCUCUCCAUGCCAACUAUUUUACUGAGGCUGAUGCUUGCUCUGCUUUUUAUGCUUCUAAUUUCUCCAAAAUCAGAUGGGCAGGAUGAACAAUGGUGCAUUGCAGAUGAGCAGACUCCGGAUAGUGAAUUGCUAGAGGCCAUGGAUUGGGCUUGUGGGGCUGGUGGCGCAAAUUGUACUAACAUUCAACCCAAUCAGCCUUGUUUUUAUCCCAACACCACUAAAGAUCACGCUUCCUAUGCCUUCAACAACUACUUUCAGAAGUACAAGAACAAAGGUGGAUCUUGCUACUUCAAAGGAGCUGGCUUGAUUACAGAGCUUGAUCCCAGUUAUAACUCUUGCCACUAUGAGUUCACACCCUGGCAAUGACUGAAAUGGGAAUGGGAAGAGCAGUGAAGUUUGUUUUAGUUUCACUGUUGUAUCAGAUUAAAAUGAGGUUGAGAUGAUUUUUUGGCUCACUUCGAGUCAACAAGGAGAAGUCGGUUUUGCUUUGCUUCUUUCUUUCAGUUUUUGUUAUAUUAAACAA